GUUUACGUUCCUUCUCACAGGUCGUGACGUCAGCACCGGCCUGACAGCUUUGUUGUCUCCAUCGUCCUGAGAAGGGGAGGUCGCUGCUGAGGGGAGAGAGGAGGAGGCAGCAGCGGUGGCGAGGAGUCCGGUCGGCGGUAGAGGAGACUACGUGAUGCGGGUGGAAGCCGAGGGGGUCAUGCUGGAGAUAAGACGGGCAACAACGGAAGGAGAACGGGGCCGGUGCCCGGUGACGGUUAACGAGGCGCCCAUGACCGCCGAGCAGCGCGGCCGCUGAUGACAACAACAACAAUAGGGGCACAAGUGUAGAGAGAUCCGGCCGCAGACACCGGGCGCAGCGCCACUCGCAGGAAUCCAUCCGCCGCCGGAGCCGCGCACGUAUACAGCUAGUCCGCAGCGGAUGAGGCUGUGAGGGGGCCCCGGCGACAUGUCGUUCUCUCUGGAGGACACGCUGGAGUCGGACUGGGUGGCCGUGCGGCCCAAUGUCUUCGAGGAGAAGGAACGGCACAAGUUCGUGUUCAUAGUGGCCUGGAAUGAAGUGGAAGGCAAGUUCGCCAUCACCUGUCACAACCGGACCGCGCAGCGCCAGCGGAGCGCCGACAAGGGGGGCAGCCGGAGCCCCUCCCGGAGGGAAGAGCCGGAGGGCAGCCCCGUGAGGAGGGACACGACGCCGUCCGGCAGCCCCGCUCGGGAGGCUGAGCAGCAGGACGAGGACUGCAGCUGGGCCGGCCUCUUCUCCUUCCAGGACCUGCGGGCCGUGCACCAGCAGCUGUGCUCCGUCAGCGCCGAGCUGGAGCGCUGUCUGCCCGCCUUCCCCGAGGAGCAGUCCGGCAUGUGGUCCGUGCUGUUCGGGGCCCCGGAGCUGAGCGAGGAGCAGGUGGAGGAGCUGAGCAGCCGCCUGCAGCAGUACCUGGGCCACGGCCUGGACACCUGCGGCUGGAAGAUCCUGUCCCAGGUGCUGUUCACGGAGAGCGACGACCCGGAGGAGUACUACGAGAGCCUGAGCGAGCUGCGGCACAAGGGCUACGAGGAGGCGCUGCAGCGGGCCCGGCGGGGGCUGCACGAGCUGUUGGAAAAGCAUAAAGCCACGGAGAACAUGGUGGAUCUGCUGGAGUUGUAUCAGAUGGAGGAUGACGCGUACAACGCUGUCGUAGAGGCCACUACAGAGUUUUAUCAGUACUUGUUACAGCCUUUCCGAGACAUGAGGGAGCUCGCGAUGUUAAGGAGGCAGCAGAUUAAGAUUUCUAUAGAAAAUGAUUACUUGGGCCCCAGACGAAUUGAAAGCCUGAAGAAGGAAGAUGCGGACUGGCAGAAGAAAGCUCAUAUGGCCGUGCUCUCUAUUCAAGACUUAACUGUUAAGUACUUCGAAAUCACAGCAAAAGCUCAGAAAGCUGUCUCUGAUCGGAUGCGAGCAGACCAGAAAAAGUUUGGAAGGACUACCUGGACGACGGCAGUGGAACGCAUGGAAAAACUUCAGUACGGGGUUUCUAAAGAGACAUUGCAGUUGAUGAGAGCAAAGGAAAUCUGUCUUGAACAAAAGAAGCAUGCACUAAAGGAGGAGAUGCAGAGUUUACAUGGUGGAACAGAAGCAAUAGCCAUAUUAGACCAAUUAGAAGCGGAUUAUUACGAUCACCAGCUUCAGCUCUAUGAAGUACAGUUUGAGAUUCUCAAGUGUGAGGAGCUGCUGCUCACAGCUCAACUGGAAAGCAUCAAGCGGCAGAUUUCAGAGAAAAGAGAGGAAGUGGUUUAUUAUGAUGCAUAUGAAAGUAUGGAUGCAAUGCUCGAUACAGAAGACAUGGCAUCAUCCAUACACUUACAGAUGGAAGAGUUGCAUAAACUUCAGCUAAAAGUUCGGCAGCUGGAGGCAAAACGAGGCCGAAUUUCAGCGAAAAAAGCCUACCUCAGAAAUAAAAAGGAGAUUUGCAUCGAUAAGAACAGUGAAAAGAUGCAGCAGCGUCUUCAGACUGAUGAGCAGUAUAGACUUCAUCAUGGCACACCAAUAGCACGAGACAAACUACAAGAUGAAGAAGAUCGCAAAAACACUUGGGUUACUCAGGAGCGCCAAAAAACAUUGGACAGGCUACGCACAUUUAAGCAGCGACAUCCUGGGCAAGUGAUCUUUAAAUCAACAAGACUGCGCUUGACUCAUAGUAGAAGAAAGACCAUGGGAAGAGUUGUCCCCAGUGUUGAUGAUCCACAGUCCCUCUCUGUCAGUAUUCAGACAAAGGGGACACUUGAUAUGGAGUCACCAGAAAACAUGCAACCUUUGGAGGAUGAAAAGCUCAAAAACCUAAAACUUGAAGAGAAUUUAUUACCUCCUGAUGUAGAUACCUCUGGACUUCAGGAAACAACUUCUCUCCCGACUUUAACUCACAAAAUACUUGAAGCUAAUGCUGUGCAACCCCUUUCCCUUCCAUUGUCCUCUCCACCACCCCCGCCACCACCUCCUCCGCCACCUCCACCUCACAAGAAAGAAGUUAAUCCUUUAGAAGUCAGAGUUAUUCAUGUUAAGAAGGAGUCGGAAGAGUCUGCACCCCAAACACCUUCCAGCGGCCCAUUGUCCCAGUUAUUUGACAGCAGUCAGCUUCUCAGUGCCAGAGAAAAACUGAAGAAAACUGGAGAUCUGGAGGGCAUACAAAGGAGAAGAGUAAGCUCCCCAAUGGAUGAAGUCCUGGCAUCCCUGAAACGUGGUAGUUUUCACCUGAGGAAGGUGGAACAGCGAGCCUUAGCUCCUUUCCCAGAUGAAGAUGACAGUGAUAACAUAUUAGCUCAAAUCAGAAAAGGGGUAAAAUUGAAGAAAGUACAAAAGGAUGUCUUAAAAGAAUCCUUCGCCCUUCUGCCUGACACCGACCCACUGACACGCAGCAUUCACGAAGCACUUAGACGGAUCAAGGAGGCCUCGCCUGAAUCAGAAGAUGAGGAGGAGAGCUUGCCUUGCACAGAUUGGGAGAACUAACUGGUGGAUCUCAUGAACCCUCGAGCUGUCCACAGCCAAACUGAAUUGCUUUUGCUGCAUGAAGAAACGAAAGAGGAGGCCAAUAUGUCAGGUACAUUCCACUAUAGAGAAGCCUCAUACAACGGCAGAUGCGAUGGCAACCAUGACAUACGUUAUGUGUUGGAUGUUUUGGCCUUUCCUCAGCUUCCAAAUCCAGUUUUUAUCUUCAUGUCGCGUAUUGGCCAGUUCAAAGGUUUGGUAUUUUUAUGGCAAACACUAUUCACUUAUUUGUGAUGUCGGAGUCAACAAAAUGACAUCUUUAAAAUCCAUAUCACUGGAUGGACUGAACCCAGUCCACGUGGAGGAGAAGGACGAAAACUGACCUUCUUUUCAGCAACUGUAUUAAUCAGAAGCAGAAUGUGUCCUGCUUACUCCAAUCGAGGAUCCAAUGGAUUGCAGUACCAUUACGGUGAGGCGGCCAUGGUUUUGGUGCUUACCAUUUCUUAAUAUUACAGCAUAUCUGGUAAGGUCCACCUGAGACUUUGGUCUGACGUCUCUCGCCCUCUUUCCCUUCAAGACUAUUGUGUUGCCAUGGACGAAGAGCUUUUUCCAUGCACAAAUACAUGUAGCUGCUCCCGCCACCGACUACGUACUGUACAUAAGGAGCAGUUAGUCAUUUUACUAAUUCUUAUAUUUUUUGCAUUUUUAUUAUUUGUUGGCUUUUAAUUUUUUUGGUCUUAAUUAUUUUAUGCAAUAUCGUUUUGACUUCCUUACCGGGUUUCCUAAGGAAAAUGCUAAAUUUAUAUUUAUACAUCAAACUUUCAGAAGAACCUAGUAUUAUUUACUGUGCAUAUUUUCUUUGAUACGGCCGUUUAGCAUUUAGCGUGUGAUGGCCGUUCUGUGGUCUCUAGGGAAAGCGCCCCCUAACAGAUUAUUUUUGACCAACCUGCUUACCUAAAUUCACUACUAAUUGAAGGAUUUAGGUUAAGCAUUGGGUUUGGCUGCUCCGCUUACUACUUAUACUGUAGGUGUCACACACAAAGUCUCUAUUUUGCUUAGUUUUGAUAAAACCAAAAAUAACAUUUGCUUGGUAGAUAUAACUAUUUUCUGUAGAAAUGAACUGAAUUUCCGAUGUGCAGGCAUGAUGCUCAUGUGAAGCUUUUGCAUCCAAGUUCUCCAAGUAGUACAUAGCAUGCACAGUGAUAAAUCGGCAACGUGCUUUUCUACAUAUGUCAAUGAAUUGUAAAUCAUUACAACCCCAAUAUUUUAGGGUUUCAUCCUGUAAAUGCCACUUUGCAGUGGUUUUUGUAUUACUGUGUUCAGAUGGUUGAGAUCCCCUUGGCUGUGAAGUAUGGAGUGACCCGGAGAGAAAAUGUCCCUCCUAUCCAUGCUUUCAUCAACCUGCUUUGCUUUCUUUACUGAAAAACGCUAGCAGGGAUUGUUGGAAGCAAGUUGAUGUAGUUUACUUCACUCUAUAUGUAAAAUAUCUGGUAAGUUAUAGGGGCACGAAAGUUAAAAAUAUAUAUAUGUGGUCAGUAAGUUUUAACUUUGUCUCUCCAGUUGUGCAUCGGAAUCAAUAAACUUGGGGCAGCGCUUAGGCUGUUGCUUCACCUUUGGCUAGGAGGCAGAUUUCUGCAGCAGAACCCCCCUCCCCCCCCCCAGACCAAGCAAACAAAUCCCUGCCCAUCUUAGUUAUUUCCCUUUUGCUCACCCUUUCCUAGUUAAUGAUGGUUUAGUGCUUCAGUUAUAACUGACUCUUUAGGCUGGAAACACGCAUGCCGUUUUUAAAGGGGUUUUUCUUAGAGUUCAGUAUUGAUGUCCCAUCAUCCAUAGCUGAUCGGUCGGGUCUGACUCCGUUCACCCCCGCCAAUCAGCUGUUUUGAAAAGACCGCGGCCCUCUAGUGACAGAUGUGGCCUCUUCCGAGGUCUAGAACGUCGUGUUAAUUGGCCUCAUGCCCUAGGUGUGCAGCUCAGUCUCUUUUGAGUGAAAGAGCCUGGGCUGCAGUACCAAGCACAGCCACUAUACAAUGUAAGGAGAAUCAGCGCCUCUUUAACUAGCUGUUCGGCAGGGGUGCCAGGAGUCGGACCCCCACCGAUCAGAUAUUGAUGGACCUAUCUUGAGGAUAGGCCAUCAAUAGUCAACUCUUGAAAAACCCUUUGAUUUGCAGUUUUUUUAAGACAAUAUUUGCGUCAAAGCCAGUAAUGGACCCAACAGGAAGUAGUGGUUUUAAGGCCUUCCUUCUUCUUUUGGCUAAAAAAAAAACAAAAAACUGUUAAAAACGACAGGAGCGAACCUUAUACAGACAUUUUUUGUUGUUGGCUUUUUUUUUUCUUGUGACCUAGGUAGAAAGACUGAGUGUGACAUUGUUAGUUUUUCCUCCCAUAUUAUUAUGGUAAAUGUAUACAGAUAUUUUUUUUAAAAUCUUUGCCACUCACCUUUUAUAUAACACGAUAUCUUUAAAAAUAUAAACUAUGCAAACUAUGGUUUUACGAGCUCUUAGCGCUAACUUGGCACUGUGAAUGCUGGGAGAACUGUGAGUCUGGUGUUUUUGAGUGCUAACAUAAAUCCACUAAAUUUGCUCUUUUUUUUUAUUGAAGUGAACCUGGGACCUGUUUUUGGUAUAUAAGAUUUAUGUAUAGAUAUAAUCCACAGGA